AUGUACACCUGGAAUCAAACAAAUAAACCAGACUUCAUCCUCAUGGGAUUGACAGAUAACAAAGAAAUACAGCUGGUUCUCUCUGUGCUGUUUCUCCUGAUAUACCUGGCCACUGUCCUGGGGAACACAGGCAUGAUACUGAUCAUUCGUCUAGAUAUUCAGCUUCACACUCCCAUGUAUUUCUUCCUCACACAUCUGUCAUUUCUUGACCUCAGUUACUCAACCGCCAUCACACCAAAAACUUUAGAGAGCCUCCUAACAGCUAACAAUACCAUUUCCUACACAGAUUGUUUCACCCAACUGUACAUUUUUAUCCUCUUAGCAGCUACUGAAUGUUUUCUGCUCUCCUCAAUGGCCUAUGACCGCUACAUAGCCAUUUGUAACCCUUUACAGUAUCCAGUUAUAAUGUCUUCACAGUGCUGCCUUGCUCUCCUCACUGGGUCCUAUGUAAUUGGAGCUGUGGAUUCCUCUGUCACUGUGUUUGGCAUGAGUAACCUGCAUUUCUGCAAGUCCAACAUCAUCCAUCAUUUUUACUGUGACACAUCUCCUCUUCUAUCUCUGUCUUGCAGUGACACACAUGUAGUUGAAAUCAUUAUAUUUAUUUUUGCAGGUUCCACAAUCCUGGGCUCCCUUAUCACAAUAUCAGUAUCCUAUGUGUCCAUUCUUUCUACUAUUUUGAAGAUAAAUUCCACUUCAGGAAAGCAAAAAGCUUUUUCCACUUGUGCUUCUCAUCUCCUUGGAGUGACUGUUUUUUACAGCUCUUUGAUUUUUACUUAUUUAAAGCCAAGUAAGUCCUAUUCUUUGGGAAAGGAUCAAGUAGCUUCUAUUUUCUACACAAUUGUGAUCCCCAUGCUAAAUCCUCUUAUUUAUAGUCUCAGAAACAAAGAAGUCAAAAGUGCUGUUGUUAGAUUAGUGAAGAAGAGACAAGAAUCCAGGAAGUUAAGAUAA